UGUCAGAGUAAAACAUUGGAGGUGCACGCGCUUCGCAAUGGUGCGGUUUAAAUCCAGGUACCUGCUGUGCGAGGUUUGCGUGUCCGACCAGAGCAGCCUGCAGCUGCUGGACGAUCGCUCGGUGUUCUCCGCGGUGAAGGCGGCGGUGUGUCACGCUCACGGAGACUACGGGGCUGCGCUCUGCAGCCUGUCAUUCGCAGUUAAGUACCUGAACGCCCACACGGGAGUGGUGUUUUUGCGCUGUCGCAAAAGCCACUAUCGGCUCAUCUGGUCUGCCUUACCCUUCAUCACCAGCCUGGAGAGCCGAGGCCAGAGAGUGCCGUGCUUCUUCAACUGCCUGCACAUAGGAGGAACGAUUCGAACGUGUCAGAAGUUUCUGAUCCGGUACAACACCCAGCAGCUCUACCGUAUCCUCCGGCAUUGCCACACUGAGGCGGAGAAGUUGGAAGUGCGCAGAGCUGUGAUGAGUUGCUCUCUGAAGAGUCGGGGGAAGGAAGAUGAGGAGGAGGAAGAGGGAUUUGAAGAUGAAGAAGAGGAGUGGGGAGAAGUGGUAUGAGGCUUCCACAUGGUGUUAUUGUCACCUGGGACGCAUCAUGUUAACCCAGCAUGUGGGGGAGAGGAGGAUGACCUGAAGGCACCUCACAUGCCCGCCCCAAGGUUGUCAGUUUGCUGCAUGGCCUGAUAAUGUCCAGGGCACCUUAGUUGCAGUUCCAAUUCGAUGAGAAUGUACUCACUUUACUUGACAGGUGAUUUUGACAUCUUGAACAGGUGGAGAAUGAUUCAUCCAAGUCUACAGGAAAUGGGGGAUUAAAAAGGCAAGACUCUGCCCUUCCUUGACUUGGGCAUUUCAGUACCAGUUUCUCCUCAAUGGUGUGAAAUGUUAACAGUCAUAACAUUCUGUGUAUGAUGUCAGUAUUAAGGUUUUUAUGUUAAAAAAAACCUAUGGCCAAAUAAUGAACAGCUUCUCAGUGACUGUACCAGUAAUGCUAAUUACAUUUGGUGUGUUUUAUAUUUUUGGGAAUGAUGAAAUCUAUCACAAAUGGACAUCAAAACACAAUUGCCUAUAAUUCUUGAAAAAAUGUUCAUUGUUGAUCCCUGAUGUUGAUCCCUGAUACUGUAUGUCUCAGUGACCAUUUUUUAUUUUUAAACCUGUGCAGAGUUAAAAUACUGACGACUUAUACGGCCUUGCAGUAUAAAAGCAAAUGUGCUCAGAUCUGCUGGAGAGAGAAUAAAAAGAAUAAAAACAAAGCAAAGCCCCACAGUCUACAUAUGUUCCUAAGAAGGUUUAUCUGCAUACAGCAGAAGAUAUACAUAGUGGAUGCAAACUGGACCCUUGGCAAGACAAGAAACAUGUUGUGAAGUUGUCCUAAUGACGAUCGGUCUGUAUUGUCCAUGGGUAUCCAUGAACAAACACUCUUAGGGGUGUGUCUGUAAUACACUGUGUGGGCAUUCAUUUUUUUAAAUGACACAUUUGAACUGAAUCAUCUUGAGUGUGCACAUCAAAACAGUCUGAUUCACAAAAUGUACAUGUGUAUAUGCUCAUUUUGUCAAUGAUAAUUUUGCUUUAACAUACAUUCUCUUGUUUUAU